UCGGAUGUAGGUCUGCACAGGGAAGUUUCCGCAGCCGCCCCUGCUGCUCAAAGUGCAACCUGGUCCUGCAAACACUGGAGAUGGAGAAUGAGGUUGGGAAAUCCGUGGAUGACCAAAUGGAUAAAUACAUAGUGACCAUAAUGGGGAAAUCGGAAAGCCAAAUGGAUAUUGUGGAAAAAUCAAACAGAUCCAGGCAGAAGUCCUGGAGCCUGGUAGCUAUCAGUCUGUCUGUGCUGCUAGUCCUUAUGACCUGUGCUGUGGUUGCCCUUGUAAUUCUGCACUCAAGCAGCAGAGAUGUGCAGUAUGGUGCCAGCCCAGAGAAUGUAUGCACCACUCGUGGAUGUGUUAUAGCAGCUGCCCGAAUUAUUCAGAAUAUGGACCUGACGGCAGAGCCUUGCCAGAAUUUCUACCAGUACGCCUGUGGAGGCUGGCUAAACCGGCACGUCAUCCCAGAAACCAGCUCCCGGUACAGCAUCUUCGACACACUGCGGGACGAACUAGAGAUUAUUCUCAAAGGUGUGUUGGAAACACCCAAGCAGGAAGAUAGGGAAGCCUUUCUGAAGGCAAAAGUGCUGUACAGAUCUUGUAUGAACGAGAGCUUUAUAGAGCAAUAUGAUUCUUUGCCUCUGCUGGAGGUCCUGCAUGCGAUCGGAGGGUGGCCGGUGACUUCUGCAGACUGGAAUAUCACGAACGAGCCCAAUUGGAGCUUGGAAGAAAAGCUCGCCUUACUGAAUUCCCGAUUUAACGCACGAGUCCUCAUUGAUAUGUUUGUAUGGCACGAUGACCGGGAUUCCAGCAGAAAUAUAAUCUAUAUCGACCAGCCUGGGUUGGGGAUGCCCUCUAGAGAUUACUACUUUAAUGACGGCAACUACCAAAAAGUGAGGGACGCCUACUUCCAAUAUAUGGUCACCAUUGCCAAGAUGAUUAGGGAAGAUAUGAAUAUGUCCAGAGAUGAUGACUUUGUCCUAGAAGAAAUGAGAAAAGUUAUGGAGUUUGAGACAAAUAUUGCAAAUGCUUCACUUCCGAUAGAGGAGAGGCAUGACGUGACUUUGCUUUACAACAAAAUGACUGUUUCCAAGCUCCAAGAAAGGUUUGAGUUGAGCAAUUUUAAUUGGACACUCUUCAUCCAAAGCAUAAUGUCUUCGGUAAACAUUGAGAUCAGCCCCAAAGAGGAAGUGGUGGUGCACGGAGUACCUUAUCUCCAGGAGCUAAAAGCUGUCAUCUCCAUGUAUCCAGCCAGCACUAUCCAGAAUUACCUGGUUUGGCGCCUAGUGCUCGACAGGGUCAGCGGCUUGAGCCGGCGUUUCAAAGAUGCCCGGGCAAGCUACCGAAAGGCGCUUUAUGGUACAAUGCUGGAAGAAGCCCAGUGGCGGGAAUGCGUGAGCUACGUCAACACGAACAUGGAGAACGCAGUAGGAGCGCUGUACGUUAGGGAGACAUUUGCUGGCAAGAGCAAAAGGAUGGUCCGAGACCUUAUUGAAAAAAUCCGCGAGGUGUUUAUCGAGACACUGGAUGAUUUGCAGUGGAUGGAUGAGACCUCUAAAGGGCAGGCUCGGGAGAAGGUUAUGGCAAUUAAAGAGCAGAUAGGCUACCCGGAUUAUAUUCUGGAAGAUCAGAAUGAAAAACUGGACAGGGAAUAUGCAAAUCUGAACUUCAGUGAGCACGAGUACUUCAAAAACAUCCUGCAAAACCUCCAAGCAGCAGCACAGAAAAGCUUGCGGAAGCUUCGGGAAAAGGUUGAUCAAGAUGUAUGGCUAAUUGGUGCGGCAGUAAUCAAUGCUUUCUACUCUGCUAACCGCAACCAAAUUGUAUUCCCAGCUGGUAUCCUGCAGCCUCCUUUCUUCAGCAAGCACCAGCCGCAAGCGCUCAACUUUGGAGGGAUUGGGAUGGUAAUUGGACAUGAAAUCACGCAUGGCUUCGAUGAUAACGGCAGAAAUUUUGACAAAGACGGCAAUAUGUUUGAUUGGUGGAGCAACUUCUCUGCCAUGCAUUUCAAGGAGCAGUCGCGCUGCAUGGUCUACCAAUAUGGGAACUACACCUGGGACCUGGCAGGGGGUCAAAACGUCAGUGGAAUCAACACACUGGGAGAAAACAUUGCUGACAAUGGAGGCGUCCGUCAGGCCUACAAGGCCUAUUUAAAAUGGGUGGAAAAAGAAGGAAAGGAGCCGAGAUUACCUGGACUGGAUCUGACCCAUAAGCAGCUCUUCUUCCUCAACUUUGCACAGGUAUGGUGCGGUUCCUACAGGCCAGAGUUUGCGAGCCAAUCUAUUAAGACAGAUGGUCACAGUCCACUGAAAUACAGGGUGAUGGGCUCUUUGCAAAACUUCGAAGCGUUUUCUGAAGUGUUCCACUGCAAGAAAGGCACCAUCAUGCAUCCCGCAGAGAAAUGCAGGGUCUGGUAGCCCUCCAAAGAGACUCAAGCUUUCUCAUUAGACCUCGGCAGUCUGAAACACCAAACUCAUUCGGAUUGCACCAAUGAUGUGCCUGGUGCUUCCCCCGGCCCCCACCUUCUUCUCCUAAUUUGGUCUUAGCCACAGUUUACAGU